UGGGAUGUAUGGAUUCUGUGACUCAAAUUAUUUAUCUCCUAUGACACAAACCAAUAAAGAAGAGCAAGUCGACUAUCUAGCUCGUAUCUUUGGCCAAAAUGAAGGAAAUAAUGUUAAUCAACUAUUCUUUGCACCUUAUCAUGAGAAUCGACAUUGGAUGCUAGCGGUCAUUAGUCCUUGGAAUGGAGUGGUGUUUUGGUUUGAUCCUGCUGGAGCGGAAAAUGAUAUUCCUGAAUUUGCUCAAAGGACCAUAAAUGAGGGAAUCAUAAAAUUUAGUCUCGUAUAUCGAAAGGACAUUAAGAAAAUGAAAAAGAAUCCGACAAUUAAGUGGAAAAACCUGAGGUAUGUUAUUCUAAUUUUUUAUUAUUUUGAUGCAUUUAUAUUGAUGCAUUUAUAUUGA